CCUCUCAGGCAGAUCCCGUGCGUCUUUAAGUGGCGUUUGUUCCAAAAUAAAAAAAAACAAAACGAGCUAUUAAUUGAGAAAACUUUUUAACAGCGAAGGCAUCUGCCAUUAAUAAAGUUACAUGCGCGUUUGUGUGUUAAAAUGGACAUUUGAGUACUCACAACUUUCGACAGAGAAGAUAUGGAUCCUGCGAUUAAAAAAAGGAAUCUUUUAUGCUAUCUUUUUUUCGCAGUUUGCACGGCCAGUGUUUGCUUUGGUACAAGAAGAUUAAAUGUUCGGAGAUCAGAUCGUCUGAGUCCUCCAUUAGACAUUCAGCUGGAGACAAUCAACUGCACUGCCUUCAGUGUACGAUGGAAGAUGCCUCGGAGACACGUCAGCACCAUCACUGGAUACAAGGUGUUUUACACUGAGAUGAAGAAUGGCCGUCCCAUCAGUACCACAUCCUUGAUGGAGGUGCCCCUCAGUUUGGACAUGCUGACCACUGGGCAAUUUGAUGGACAAGCGAGCUUUGAUGUGGACAUUGGUAACUUAAAAGUGAACACUAAGUACAGAGUCAGUGUUGGUGCAUAUGGUUGGGCAGGGGAAGGUAGACCCAGCAUGCCUAGAGACAUUAGCACUGCUUCACAUGAAAUGUGCAUGCCCCCGUCACCACCUACUCAACCUGUUGUCAUGGCUGUAUCAGACACGGAGCUGGCAUUAUCAUGGCAGCAAGGAGAGAAUGAGGGAACUGCACCUGUUCUUCACUUCCUGGUGGCUUACAUCAGGCCCGAAAUGGACACAGAAUGGACUUAUAUCCGAGAACCCAUUGAAACCAAUUCCAUGGUUUUAAAAGGGUUAAUACCAGACACAGAGUACCAGUUUGUUGUCAGAGCAGUCAACAUGCAUGGAGUUAGCCCCCCCAGUCACAUCAACAACCCUGUGCGGACUCUUGGUGCAUCAGAUGCUGGCAGUGGUGAUAUUGAGAGUUACAUCCCAGGUUCCAGAAACAAUGAUGAAGACGGAUUUGAUGUUGAUGACUCAGAUUAUGAUAUCUUCAUUGAAGAGCUGAAACCAUUCCCUGGAAUCAACCAGGACAACAAGAAGUCCCAACUUCGUUCCCAUUCUGGUCCACCAUCUGGACGAAAUGUUGUUUACCGUAUGAACCCCAUAGCUCCUCCAAAUGCCACUGACCCACCAGUUUCCACAACCUCUUCAAUCUUCACAGACCUGGUUUUCUCAGCAACCUCAGAGUCUCGUCCUGACACCACAACAAAUGCCCCUUUUACCACCACCAGCAUUCCUUCAACCACAACCACUCCAACCAUGUCCCCCUGGCAAGGGGAGGUACCUCGUGUGUACGACCUGACCUGUGAGGAUACUGUUUGCCCGCCUGACAGCUUCUGUCUCAGUGAAUAUGACAGUGGAGGUUCACGCUGCCACUGUAACCUUGGACGAAAAGGGGACACUUGCUCUGAGGUGGUAACAGUGAACUUUCCCAGGUUCUACGGCUACUCUCACAUGACCUUUGAACCUUUGAAAAACUCUUAUCAGACCUUUCAGAUCACUUUGGAGUUUAAGGCAGACUUUGAGGAUGGCUUGCUACUAUUCUGUGGAGAGAAUGAACACGGACGUGGAGACUUUACCUCUUUGGCUUUGGUUCGAGGCAAGCUUCACUACAGGUUUAACUGUGGUACAGGAGCUGCUCAGAUCAUCAGUGAAAGUCGUAUUGUUCUGGGUCAGUGGCACACGGUAACCGUUUUCAGAGAUGGAAUGAGUGGCUGGCUCCGUAUGGACAACGACACCCCCAUAUCUGGACGCUCACAGGGUCAGUACACUAAGAUUACGUUCCGCUCCCCACUAUAUGUGGGUGGCUCUCCAAGUGCUUACUGGCUGGUGAGGGUGACAGGUACAAAUCGUGGCUUUGUGGGCUGCAUUCAGCGUCUGACCAUCAACAACAAAGUUACAGACAUCAGGCCAUGGCCUCUUGGAAAAGCUCUGAGUGGAGCUGACAUUGGUGAGUGCAGUGAAAGUGUGUGUGACCUGGCAAACUGUGCCAAUGGCGGAGUCUGCUUUGCAAACCGUGCCGAUGGCUACAUCUGCCUCUGCCCACUUGGCUUCAGAGGAGCACUUUGUGAAGAGAGUUUUUUGCUGUCCUCUCCACUCUUCAACGAAACCGUAUUUUCAUAUGCUGUCAUCCCGUGGCCUCAGUCCUUUCAGAGCUACCUCUCUUUUAUGGAGUUUGAGGUGACAUUCCAGCCAUCGAUGCCUGAUGGGGUGCUCCUGUACAGUGAUGAUGCGGGAAGUGGAGACUUUCUUGCUAUAAACUUAGUAGACAGAUAUGUGGAGUUCAGAUUUGACUGUGGCUCUGGAGGAGCAGUUAUAAGGAGUCAGGAGCAGAUCAGUCUGAACUCAUGGCAUGAGCUACGAGUGUCUCGUACAGCAAAGAGUGGUAUCCUGCAAGUUGACCGCCAGAACCCAGUGGAGGGAAUUGCUGAGGGAGCUUUCACUCAGAUCAACUGCAGCUCACCUCUUUAUGUUGGUGGAGUGCCAGAAUAUGAAAAAACCAAGAGGACAGCAGGUGUAGUUAAGCCAUUCACUGGAGUUAUUCAGAAGCUGAUUCUCAAUGACCGCACCAUCCCAAUCACAACCAGCACUGCUGCUGGAGUUAAUGUUGCAAACUCUGCACACCCAUGUGUGGAAAGUCCUUGUGCCAAUGGAGGGACAUGCAGGGCAAAGUGGGAUGGAUAUGAGUGUGACUGCCCUCUAGGGUAUGAUGGGAGGCACUGCCAGAAAGCUGUGACUGAAGCCAUCGAGAUUCCACAGUUUAUUGGUCGAAGUUACUUGACCUACGACAACAGAGAUAUCCUUAAAAGAGUGUCUGGGUCCAGGACGAACCUUUUCAUGCGUUUUAAGAGCACAGUCAUGGAUGGCUUGUUGCUGUGGCGAGGAGACAGUCCAAUGAGACCUAACAGUGAUUUCCUUUCUAUGGGUCUUCAAGAUGGUGCUCUCAUCUUCAGUUAUAACUUGGGCAGUGGCGUGGCUAAUAUUGUUGUCAAUGGGACCUUUAGUGAUGGAAAGUGGCACAGAGUCAAAGCUGUAAGGGAUGGCCAGUCAGGGAAACUGACAGUUGAUGAUUAUGGAGCAAAAACAGGAAGGUCGCCUGGCAAGAUGAGACAGCUGAAUAUUAAUGGACCCUUAUAUGUUGGUGGCAUGAAAGAGAUCGCUCUUCACACAAACAGACAGUAUAUUGGAGGCUUGGUGGGCUGUGUCUCCCACUUCACACUCUCCACUGACUACCACUUAGCUUUGGUAGAGGAUGCGGCUGAUGGCAAAAACAUCAACACCUGCUCCAACUAGGCCUCUUCAGCACAGGAGGGAACAUUUUCAGCAUUUUGUUUCUUUCUGGACCAUCUAUCUUAUCACCUUGAACCUGAUUUACCAGCGCAGAAUCACUGAAAACUAAAAGAUAUAUGCUUUGCGGUUAGAUGCAACCCUGACCUGAUUUGGUUUAAACUAAAGCUAGAAAAAUGAACAAUGGUGCCAGUUUGAGUCACGGGACUGUUUCUGUGUUGUUUGUAGCUUUGACAUGCCAAGUUGUAAAGUUUAUGUUAAUGCUAUUGAGUUUUUCUGGAUUAACAGUUUCAAUCCAAGGCUACAGUAAAAAUGACCUCAGGUCAAUCGAAGAUGUUUCAAAGCACAAUUUCUCUCUGAAAGGAGAUAUAAAGCUUAGCUUUAUGAGUAAUAAGGAGUUUUUGCAAAGAGCCUUUUGAAGGACAUUUUUCUCAUGGGAUGAUUUCAAUUGUAUCUUUCUUUUUUUUUCUUUUUUUUAAUGCUUCUAUGAUUGCAGGAAGAACCAAGUGAUCCAAAGGAUCAAAAGUUACUAUAAACUUGACCUAGAGCAGCUAGCAUAGGCAACUUUUUUUUUUUAGAGAAUUUUGGUUAUGACCUUAGAAGAAUUUUGUUAUCUUUCUUGUGACAUUUGUGCUCUUGUUUUAUCAAUCUAUAGACAGGUUUUCUAAAUCUGAGUGAUGUACAUUAUUCCAGUGUGUCUAGCUUUGCAGGGUAAAUACAUCAACUGCACUUUUUUUUUUUAACUUUCCGUUAGGUUAGUGGCUUCUGUAUUUGGAUCUUUCAGAAGUUAGUCACAUGAGAGUCCAAUGUUAAAGCAUCCUAAAUCUUUAAAUCUGUGCAUGGCAGUAUAUUUCUGUCAUCUGACACAAACCGCAGUACUGUGGACUUCAGCCUUUGAGUUCAUUUUCUUCAUAUCUCUUAUUAUCGCAUCAGAAAAAUAACAAUAAAAUAAGUAUUUGCAUGCCUCAGUAAGAAAAAGACCAAUUAAAUGAUUAUAUUUAUGCCCAGAUUUUACUCCUUAAAAAGAGGAUUUUGUGAAUGUUCUAUCAGAAUUUUUAGUAUUCAAGAUUCUAAUGUGUAUUUAGGUCUAUUGGCAGAUAUGCACAGAAAAACUAGCUGUUUUUACUUAUGUAGAAUAUAGCAGAAUAGUGAACAAUACUGGAAUAGUGGAAGUACAGUGUAAGGCUUAUGUCAUCUUAGAACAAAUCUUCUCCUUGUAGUCUGUCAUGUUGAACUAACAUGUUUUUCUACAGUUUCAACAGU